AUGUCAACAUACAACUGCUGCGUGAAUAAUAAUAAUAAUAAUAAAUCAUUGACUAAACUUACAUCAAAUACUGCUAUGCUAUCUCACAAUGGUCGUUGUUCACUUCUCAGCAGGAAUCACGAAACGCUCAAAGCCAACAACUUUAAAAACAAACAACCAUCCAUCUGCAUCGAUGAUCAAGAUAUACUUUAUGAAUCCGCCAUCGGCAUAAACAAUCAUGCAAGAUGGAAGGAUGGGCCAAUUCAAAGGAAGAAAGAAGAUGGUGUACCAUCUUUGAUCUUUAGAUUAAUAAUUUAUUCCUUGGAUAUUAUUAUUAUUGUUUUUACAUUGUACACAGCAGCAACAACAACAACGUGGAUAGAUCUUAUCUUAGUAAAAGCGACCCAACGUUAA